AUGUCGCAACGACAACUCGCACGAGACAUGCAGACCGAAUUCCAGGCGAGGUUCAAUGCCAAACAAGCCCGGCGCGAGGCCGCCAAGGCGCAAAAAGCAGACAGCGACCUCAAGAAGCAGAUCCAGACUCUCCUCAAGAAAGGCGAGACACAACAAGCCUACCAAAAGGCCCGCAUGCUCCUCGCAAAGCAGGCCAUCGCCCAGCAGAUGGACCAGGCUGCCGACGUAGCCGAGCUAUCGGUCGCGCAGAUCCAGGCCAACAACGCCAUGAACCGCAUGACGGCCAUGAUGGCGCAGUCUUCGCGGACGAUGAGCAGGGCGCAGAAGAACAUGAACCCGGAAAAGACCCUCGUGACCCUCGAGCAGUUCAAGAACCAGAACGAGGAGUACGCCAUGUCCAACGGCAUCUACCAGGACGCCAUGACGCAGUCGACCUCGGUCCAGGUCUCCGAGGACGCCGUGCACGAGCUGCUGGGCAAGCUGGCCGACGACGCCGGCGUCGAGCUCUCGCAGGAGCUCGCGUCCGCAUCGGCGUCCAAGGAGGAGCCCGUCAAGGAGAACGCCACCACCGAGCCCACGCCCGAGCAGGAGGACGCCCUGCAGCAGCGGCUGCGGGCGCUGAGGGCCUAG